AUGGGUGAGCAGAAAAGAAAGUUUGAGUCGUCAGGGCAGUUUGACAACAACUCACGUCCCCGUUACACACCCCCGCAAGGAACACCGUUCCGCACUGGAGGACAGAAUGUCAACUACGGGCAGAGUCAGUAUCCACGCUUCAACCAACAGGGCCAGCAGCAGCAGCAAGCUCAGUAUGCCGGUCAGUCAGCACAGCGCCCUAACUUCCCGCAGAAUCGCCAGAACACCCCUACUAGGACACCUAUGAAGAACAAUACUCCUGCUCCCACUGGUGGCAAUGCGUGCUUUAAAUGUGGUGAGAUGGGACACUAUGCUAACAGUUGUCCCAAGGGAAAUGUCCAGAAUACUCCAGGCCAGUUCAACAACAAUGGACAGAGGCAAACCCCGCAGCAGCAACAGCAGCAGCCCAGAAACAACAACCAGAUGCCGCAGAACUACGUCCGCGGGCGUGUGAAUCAUGUGGCCGUGGAGACCGCUCAAGAGGCACAGGACGUUGUGUUCGUGAACCAGUUGAAGGCAGGUUCAAUUGAGGAUAUCAGAGUCGUCUGUGAGUACCCGGACGUCUUCCCCAAUGAUUUGCCAGAUUGA